CACCAGAGUGCCCCAAUGGGCACGAUGCAGGCAUCGGCACAGCAGCAACAGAUGCAAAUGGCCGCAGCAUCGCAACAGUUUCUGGCAGCUCAGCAGGCGCAACAGAAUGCGGCAUAUGCCGCACAACAGGCAGCACCGUAUGUCAUCAAUCCGGGACAAGAGGCGACACCGUAUCUGAGCAUGAUAGCCGCCACCCAAAUGCCGCAAUACUACGGCGUUGCCCCAUGGGGCAUGUAUCCGGGCAAUCUGAUACCACAACAAGGCACCCAGCCCCGUCGCCCGCUCACGCCCUCGCAGCAGGGAGCCGAGAAUCAGCCGUAUCAGGUCAUUCCGGCCUUCUUCGAUCAGAGCGGCUCGCUUGUAAUGGGACCACGCACCGGCACGCCCAUGCGUCUGGUUAGUCCCGCGCCCGUCUUGGCGGUGCCACCCGGCGCCGCACGUGCCGGUCCGCCGCCACCCCAAGGCCCACAACUGUAUCCACCACAGCCGCAGACGGCCCAACAGAAUCUCUACUCACAGCAGAACGGCUCCAGUGUUGGAGGCCUCGCCUUGAACACCAACUCGCUGACAGGGCGUCGCGACUCGUUCGAUCGCACCAGCUCCGCCUUCAGCCCCUCGGCCAUGGACUACAGCAGCAGCAGCGUGGCCGCCGCCAAUGCAGUGAACAGCAGCGUCGCCCAGGCCGCCGCAGCCGCCGCAGCCGCCGCACGCGUCAAGUGGACGGGCGCCAUGUCGAAUGCCAGCGCCUAUGGCACUCUGGGAGCCGCCGGUGUCAACGCCUCGGUCAGUCCGCUGGGUGCGCCCCUGACGCCGCCACCCACACAGUCCUGCCUGAUGGGCGGCAAUCGGGCGCCCGGCGCCGAGUCGCGUCAGCGCCAACAGAUGGCCGUGGGCUUGCCCGCGACAGCAGCCGCCGCACAAGCAGCCGCCGCCGCGGCCGCCACCAUGUCGGCUCGAACCAGUUCGCUCUUCUCGAACACUUUGGCCUUGCCGGGCGGGCACCACGCCCGCGCUGUGGCUGCCGCGGUGGCCAUUCACUUCCAGGCCGCUGCCGCUGCAGGCGGCGCACCACAGCCGGGCAGAUCGCGGCUGCUGGAGGACUUCAGGAAUCAGCGCUAUCCGAACUUGCAGCUGCGCGAUCUGAGCAAUCACAUUGUGGAGUUCUCGCAGGAUCAGCAUGGCUCGCGCUUCAUCCAGCAGAAGCUGGAGCGUGCCACGGCCGCGGAGAAGCAAAUGGUGUUCAGCGAGAUUCUGGGCGCUGCCUACAGUCUGAUGACGGAUGUGUUUGGCAACUAUGUGAUCCAGAAGUUCUUUGAGUUCGGCACGCCGGAGCAGAAGAACACGCUGGGCAUGCAGGUCAAGGGUCAUGUGCUGCAGCUGGCGCUGCAGAUGUACGGCUGUCGGGUCAUACAGAAGGCGCUGGAGAGCAUCAACCCGGACCAGCAGCGCGAGAUCGUGCACGAGCUGGACGGGCAUGUGCUGAAGUGCGUCAAGGACCAGAACGGCAACCAUGUGGUGCAGAAGUGCAUCGAGUGCGUCGACCCAGUGGCCUUGCAGUUCAUCAUCAAUGCAUUCAAGGGCCAGGUCUACUCGCUGAGCACCCAUCCCUAUGGCUGUCGCGUCAUCCAGCGCAUCCUGGAGCACUGCACGGCCGAGCAGACCACGCCCAUUCUGGAUGAGCUGCAUGAGCACACCGAGAACCUCAUACAGGACCAAUACGGCAACUAUGUCAUACAACAUGUGCUGGAGCAUGGCAAGCAGGAGGACAAGUCCAUAUUGAUCACCAGCGUGCGCGGCAAGGUGCUGGUGCUCUCGCAGCACAAGUUCGCCUCCAAUGUGGUGGAAAAGUGCGUCACACACGCCACGCGCAGCGAGCGCACAGGCCUCAUCGAUGAGGUCUGCACCUUCAAUGACAAUGCCUUGCAUGUCAUGAUGAAGGAUCAGUAUGCCAACUAUGUGGUCCAAAAGAUGAUUGACGUCUCGGAGCCCACGCAGCUGAAGAAGCUCAUGACCAAGAUACGCCCCCACAUGGCCGCGUUGCGCAAAUACACCUAUGGCAAGCACAUCAAUGCCAAGCUGGAGAAGUACUACAUGAAGAUAACCAACCCCAUUGGCUCGGCCGCCACCAGCGCCAGCACAUCGACCUCAACAACUGUAACGGCCAGCAGUGCUGCCCCCACAGCAGCAGCCGCAGCAGCAGCUGUAUCAUCCAACAGCCCCACCUCCGCCUCUGCCUGCUCGCCGUCGUCGGUGGUGGCCAGCGCAGCCACCACAACCACAAACAGCAUCGCUUCGCCCACCAUCUGUGCCGUGCAGGAGAAUGGCAACGCUCUAAUGACCGAGCCCACAUCGCCAGCCAGCUCGGAGUCGUCCGUGUCGUUGGUAAACUCUGUUAACAGCGGCCUCGGACCCAUCGGUCCACCCGCAACCGCUGCCGCCGCCGCCACCAGCAUCACCACCACCACCACCAGCAAUGGUGUGCUGUAAAAUGGUUGGGCAAAGCUUCAAUAGAAACUUAAAUGAUGAAGGAGGCUUCGGAUCGAAGCCAGUCGAUAAUUUCAAUUUUCAAUUGUAAACUUGAAUACGCGAAAGCAACAUGAUUAUUUCAAAAACACACACACACACAAAAUUCAUUUUAAAGAAUCUAUAUAUAUAUAUAUAUACGACUACAAUAUAUGUAAUUCGUAAACAAAUUGAUAAAUGAACACUUAAAGUAAAAGUAGCAUGUAGACUCUAAAGAAUGCAAAUAUAAUUUACGUGUGAGGAACAACUUUACGCUCUUACACCUACACCUACACACACACAGACACACUCACGCACACAUACACGCGCUCAGACACAUACAGACGCACGCUCAUAAUUAAACUACUCUUCAGAAGUUGCCUUCGCAACAGAUUUAACGUCGCUUUUGCGCUAUGUAAAAUUUUGUACAAAAAGAAUAAAGAUUAACAACAACAAGAACAACAACAACAACAAUAAGAAGGAGAAGAACAAGAACAGCAACAACAUAGCAAGUUGAAAUUCGAAAUGAAACCAUGUAAAACAAUGUAUGUAAUAAUUAUUAUAAUUUUGUUGUUGUCCAAUUUGUUCAUCAUGUAAAAUUAAACUGUUUUUUGUAAAAUUCUCAUUAAUUUUAAUAAAUCAAACGUUUAUUUGUAAAUUGCUCGCUGUGUAUAGGAGAAACAUACGAAGAAGACAAAACCAACACACACACACACACACACAUACACUCAUGCGAGGUAUAACUACCAGCUCUAUAAGCAAACAACACACACACACACACACAUAUAUCUAUAAAUAUUUACAUUCAUAAUUGUAUUUUGUAUAAAUUGCUUGUUUUAAGUCUCAAUUAACUCAUCAUACACAUAUACACACCCCCACACACACACACAAACACACGCGCUCGCGCAUGGUAUUUAUAUAUAUGUAUGUAUGUAGAAUCGCUCGCUAUGUGUGAGCCUUCGAAUCGAACCCUUUUUGUUUAGCACGUAAGAUUUAACUGAUUACCAUUUAAAUGAUUUCAAACAUUUAGUUAAGUUUUGCUUUUAAUGAGGCAAUUCAUUUUACAAAACAAAUCACACAGUAUCACACACUAUCACCUCACCAAACUGAAAAAUGUAUGCGAAACCACAAUAAAAACAACCACAAAAUAAACCAAAUUUAUACAAAUGUUAAUUGCCAAAUACUUUGGCAUCUUGGCAAUAGUUCCUUUUACUCUAUUUGUUUUUAUAUAUGCGCAUAUCUACGAAUAUUAUAUUUGUCUCUUAUUUAAUAAUUUGCAGUCAUUUGCUAGCCCACCUAUGAAUAAUUUUAACUGUAAACACACACACACACACAUAAACAUACUCUCGUUGGUCAUCUCGACUGCUGCAGUUUGAAAGUCAUUGGCAGCAGGCAUGUGUUUGAUGCUCUUGCUAUUUACAUUUAAUUUCAUUGUAUUUUUUAUAAUUUCUAUUGACUGUGCAGCUUGAAAUGCAGCCGUUGUGCUAUCCUAUAUCCAAAUGUAAGCUGUGUAAUUGUCAGACACACACACACACACACACACAGAGAGAGACACACAAUUGUAAAUUGUCAACAUGUGUACAAGCAUCGCAUUGUUUGUAUGUAUACACAACUCUAAUGUAAAAAGCGAAUACAUUUUUGUACAUUUUUUGAUAACAAUAACAAUAACAUUUAGACUAUUUCGCGACGCCUUAUACGAACAGGUAGAAAACUAAAAAAAAACUAAACGAAACGAACGAAAAUUAUAUGCUAUGAGUAUAACGAAUUUAAAUACAAUAU